AAGUCACAAUCGUUGGUCAGUCAGUCAGUCAGUAAGUCAGUCAGUCAGACACAUAAUCGAUCAGUCGACGAAUCGAUCGAAACGCGAUCAUCAAACGCUGGAUUCUUUCAAACUCUCGGUUCAUGAACUUUCUGACUGACAAGUGCGUUCACCUCGUUAAAUGCAUAGUGUAGUUCAAAUGUCGAAGUGAAUCGCAGCUGGAGUAUCGAAACAGCGAACAAUCUGUUUCGCGAUAAAGAAUUUUGUGAUUUCUCUGAAUAUUGUGGAAAUUUACUUGAACAGGGCAGGAUUUUGUAAACAAUAGCAGAAUGUAAAAAGUGGAUUGUCACUGCUUAAAGGUGUUGAAGAAAAGAAAGAAUCAGUGGAUGAUUUUAUUCAAAGUCAAGAUAAUCAAUCAAGUAAUUCCUCCACUUUGUGAACGAUGCUAGAAAAAUAUUAACUACAAACGUUGAUCAAAUCGUUAAGAACUCUUCAAGAUCGAAACAAGGAAAGAAACGCUUUUGUGAUUAAAGAAACGAUUUCACAGAAGUGGAAAUUAUUGAUGAAGAGGUGCACGUGAAUAAUCGACAUGCAACAUCCCGAAAUGCGUUUUACAUCGAUGUUGGCAAACGCCGCGAAAAGGUGAUUAACAGUUGUCCGUUGUCCCACAGAAAGAAUUGUGGGAGAAAAAUCGAGAAUGGAACUGAACGCGUUUGUCAUCUAUGUUGCGACCCUGGCGAUAGCAUCGAUAGCCUUCAUCGAUACGAUAAACGCGAACCCACCGUACUACGUGAAACCCAUCGAGGACGAGAACGAUUACGCUCGUGUGCUGGAGCUUUCGCUUUUGUUUUACGAGGCACAACGAUCGGGAAAGCUGCCGGAGAACAAUCGAAUCCCAUGGAGAGAGGACUCGGCGCUCGACGAUCGAGGACUGAACGGAGAAGAUUUGACCGGAGGCUAUUAUGAUGCUGGUGAUUUCGUGAAGUUCGGCUUUACUAUGGCUUCGACAACUACCCUUCUGGCUUGGGGCGCCGUCAGUUGGCCAGAAGCUUACAACGCGGCUGGCCAACUCGACGAACUUCGUAAAGCCAUCAAAUGGGCUACAGACUACUUCAUCAAGUGCCAUGUAAGCGAAUAUGUCUUUUACGGACAAGUCGGUGAUUUCUCAUUAGAUCACACGUUUUGGGGGAGACCAGAAGAACUGAAUACCACCAGACCUGCCUACAAAAUUGACCCGGAACACCCAGGAUCCGAUCUAGCAGGUGAAACCGCUGCUGCCCUCGCAGCAUCCAGUAUGGUAUUUCGCAAUCACGAUUCAGAAUACAGUGCUAAAUGUUUGAAACACGCCAAGGAAUUGUACAAGUUUGCCAAUGAAUAUCGAGGGCUUUAUCACGAAGCGAUCCGUGGAGCAGCUCAGUAUUACGAGAGCACGGAUUAUGGUGACGAAUUGGCUUGGGCGGCGGUGUGGCUGUUCAAGGCAACGAACGACACAAUAUAUCUCGAGGAUGCCGAACAUCAUUACCAGCAUUUCCAUCUCAAAGAGAGACCGAACGAAUUCUUUUACAACAAGAAGGUCGCGGGCGUUCAGGUUUUAUUGGCACAGAUGACAGGGCAGCCGGAAUAUCAGAACGCGGCUCGUGCUUUCUGCGACUUCUCGGUGCGCCAGCAAAAACGCACGCCGAAGGGAUUGCUGUACAUCGACAAGUUCGGCACCCUCUGCCACGCUGCGAACGUAGCGUUCGUUUGCCUGGAGGCGGCUGACUCACCCGGUAUCGGCGAUCCCCAGGAAUAUCGUGAAUUUGCCGAACAACAAAUUUACUAUAUGCUGGGAGGAGGCGGCAGGAGUUACGUGGUCGGUUGGGGUCGAAAUCCACCGAAGCAGCCACAUCAUGCUGCGUCAUCCUGCCCCGACAGACCAGCCGUUUGUGGAUGGCCCGAAUUCGACAAGGACGCACCAAACCCUCAAAUCCUUUAUGGUGCUCUGGUCUCCGGCCCCGACGAGGCGGACAAGUUUCACGAUCAUCGAGAGGAUUACGUAUACACGGAAGUCACAUUGGAUUACAAUGCCGGAUUCACGAGUGCACUGGCCGGAUUGUUGCAACUACGAGUUAAAAGCACUACGUAACGUGCGAUAACAGUUCGCUGCUUUUGGCUACGAACCAAGGAAUUACUUUACUCUCCAAAACGAAAUAGUUCGCGUUAAAAUAACGAAAGAAGACUUUUUCGUAAUUCAUACAUAAUCUGUGAACACAAAAUAAAUUGGAAGAUAUUGCGAAGAUAUUGUCAAAUGAUCUUUCGGAAAAGGAUUAUCUUUUGACUUUUAUUUUUUGAAAGCUAAAAAUUGAUAAUUUUAUGUUUUUUAUUCUUGUUAGUGGUGAUUAAUGUAUUGAAUGGAAUUGCAAGAUUUUCUGUAGAGAAUUGAUGGAUUGUUAGGUGAUCGUUUUUGAGAAGUUCGAUGCAGGAUAGUAGUGUCUUUCAAUCGAUUAUCGAAACUUAUCGUUAAUAUUAUAUUUUUAUGUGAAUAUCAAUCGGGUAAAGGAUCUCUUGAUCUUUAUUGGUGGUGUAGUGUAUCAAAAGCGAGAUUUAUGGUGAAAUAAUCGUCCUGAAAAGAUUAAGUGGAUUGUGUGUUUAGGUUGAUAAAUACCUACUACUAGUAAUUUCAUCGAAUUAUUAUUUUGUGAAUAUUAUAUUGAAGUAAAUAUCAAGUGAAUGAUUUUUAAUUCUCAUCUGUAAUAUGGAGAAAUCGAAUAGACAAGUAAUUAAUUCUGAUAAUCAAAGGAAAGUGGCAAAUGUGUAUUCAUGACUAUGAAUUAAUUAAAUAAGAAAAUGAAUUAAGUAAUUGCAGCCAUGAUUGAAGCGCCGUUAUGUAAGAUUGACUAGAUGUUUUAUGCAUGAUGAAUAGAAAUUUGUACCGAUUGAACGAUUAAAUGUAAUUUAUUGAUGUAACGUUGAUUGAUGGGAAGGUGAAAUUAUUUUCGUUCUCAACAUACGAUUUUAUUGAAACGAUAUCUAGGCUGUGUAGCUUGACGCGCUUGAGUAUGGCUUUAAUAGAUUCGAUUGGAAAAUGUACAUAUAUAAUGUAACGGUAUAAGGUAUAUAUAGGGUUAAUAGAAGAAAGGAGUUCAUUUAGGUAUGAAACAUAAAACUUGUUCGGUAAUUAAUAUAAUUAAGAAUAUUAUGUAGUUAUAUCUUGUAGAACUUUCUUCGAAAAACUUGUUUAAGAUAAGGGAUGCUAUCGAUUGAUACGUCAAUUUCUAUCCCACUAUUCGCGCUAUUCUUGUUUCUGUUAAGGCUUUUUUUUAUUAAAAAAAUACUUUAUAAUGUACAUAAUAUGAAAAAUUAGUUUCUUCGUCUAUUUAAUAGUUGUAUAAAUAUAGCGUAUUAUAAACUACAUAAAAGCGCGCAUUUGAAAAAAUUUCAAUAUCUUAAAGUUUUAUAUUCAUCUUCGGUUAUAAUUUACUUCUGAAUAAAUAUCUAAUAUUUCUUAUUAUUUUAUGCUUCAAUUAAUAUAAGACGAGCUUACUAUGUACAAUAGUUACGAACAUACAUGCGAUUAGAAACUAACGUAAACGAAGAACAAAAUAAUUGUUCCUGUUAUAGGCAAGAUAAUGUGUAUCUGUAUUAUCUUAAUUAUUUAACCUUGCAUAAUUUAUGUGCUUCCCAAUAUACUAGACCUAUGUAAUGUUAUACCUACUGAAAACAUCCUAUAUUGUAAUAAAUAAAUAGUCGAAUAUUUUCCAUAA